UGCUCUUACACCUAUCGCCAUGGCGGACGUUCCGAUGAAGCUCGCAGACGAGAAGAAGAAGGAAGAGAAGAAGGAAGACCCGAAAUCCGAGGAGGAGGAGAAGGAAGAGCCCAAGAAGGAGCCACCAACCGUUCCUCAAGAGAUCAGGUCGAAUGCUCUCCUCAUUGACCGGGCAGUCUCAACACUCGAACCCCGCUUCACGCUGCGGGUAUUGCGCACACUCACGGCUCUGCGAAAGCGUCUCAACAGCAAGGUGCUUGCGGAGGCGAUCGAAGGUGUAUAUCCUUCAAGCUCUCCGAUCAGGCAGUCAUUGGUAACAUGGCUGCCGACUCGUGAGUCUGAUGCCUCCAUGGAGGUUGAUAACACCGCACCUUCUCAACCUACUCCGAGCCCUCCAAGACAGAACAUCGAACCCGUGCCAGAGGUCGAGAUCUACUUGCGGCUACUCAUCAUCUACCACCUGCUUUCAGACAAGAGCACGUAUCCAAAAGCUGUGGAGCUGAUACAGCAGACUGUCCAGAAGAUGCAGUCCUUGAAUCGCAGGAGUAUGGACCCUAUUGCUGCGAAGGUGUGGUACGCGGUGGAGAGAACGUACGAAUUGGCAGGCGAACUUGCAGAGGCGCGUCCACUGUUCUUGGCUGCUCAGCGGACUGCCUCGCUUCGCCAUGAUGACGAGACACAGGCAUCGCUCAUCAACCGGCUGCUCCGCAACUACCUCCACUAUAAUCUGUAUGAUCAGGCCGACAAACUUGUUCUCAAGACGACUUUCCCCGCCUCUGCUGGUAACCCUCAGUAUGCUCGCUACCACUAUUUUCUUGGUCGUAUCCGAGCCGUGCAGCUGAACUACAGUGCUGCACACGCCAAUUUGCAACAGGCCAUCCGCCGUGCGCCUCCAGCAACGACUGCGCCUGGCUUUUACCAAGCCGUCCACAAGCUCUCCGUUGUUGUGGAACUACUCAUGGGAGACAUCCCGGACCGUGGUAUCUUCAGGCAUCCGGUCCUUGAGAAGGCAUUGAUUGGCUACUUCGAGAUCGUGAAAGCUGUUCGCACUGGUUCGUUAUCCCAGUUCCAAUCCACGCUGUCGGAGCACGCCGCUCUGUUUGAAGCCGACAAGACGUACACUCUGAUUGUGCGUCUUCGUCAGAACGUCAUCAAGACCGGUAUCAGGCGGCUCUCUCUUUCAUACUCACGCAUUUCCCUCCGGGAUAUCUGCGUCAAGCUUCACCUUGACUCUGAAGAAGACGCAGAGUACAUCGUCGGCAAGGCGAUUCGUGACGGUGUCAUUGACGGCCACAUCUCGCACGAGCAAGGCUGGCUGGAGUGCGGCGCCCAGAAGAGCGGCUACGGCUUUGAGGUCAGCGAAGUCUUCAUGCGCCGUAUCCAGUACUGCCUCGAGCUGCACAACGAGAGUGUCAAGGCGAUGCGAUACCCGCUCAAUGCGCACCGGAAGGAGCUAGACGCCGCUGAGGCCGCGCGUCAGCGCGAGCAGGAGCUACUUAGACAAGUCGGCGAAGAUGGCGGAGGCAGCUUCGAUGAUGAACCCGGUCUCGGCGAAGGUUUCUAGAUGCUAUUAUUGCGGUGUAAGAAUAACAGUUCGUUUCGCGCAUUACGGGGGAUCUUCGUGA